CGUCGCCGCGGUUCCCGGUGAUAAAGUCCCCACAGACCUACCCAGACUCAGAGUCUCCCCAGACCCCGAGGAUGGAGGUCACGGCGCCCCGAACCCUCCUGCUGCUGCUCUCGGGGGUCCUGGCCCUGACCGAGACCUGGGCGGGCUCCCACUCCCUGAGGUAUUUUUCCACCGCCGUGUCCCGGCCCGGCCGCGGGGAGUCCCGGUACAUCGAAGUCGGCUACGUGGACGACACGCAGUUCGUUCGGUUCGACAGCGACGCCGCCAGUCCGAGGGUGGAGCCGCGGGCGCCGUGGGUGGAGCAGGAGGGGCCGGAGUAUUGGGACCGGGAGACACGGAACGCCAAGGACGACGCACAGAAUUUCGGAGUGUGCCUGCGGACCCUGCGCGGCUCCUACAACCAGAGCGAGGCCGGGUCUCACACCUUCCAGAGGAUGUACGGCUGCGACGUGGGGCCGGACGGUCGCCUCCUCCGCGGGUACUGGCAGUACGCCUACGACGGCGCCGAAUACAUCACCCUAAACCAAGACCUGCGCUCCUGGACCGCGGUGGACGCGGCGGCUGAGAUCACCAAGCGCAAGUGGGAGGCGGCCGGUGUGGCGGAGCGCCACAGGGACUACCUGGAGGGAACAUGCGUGGACUCGCUGCGCAGAUACCUGGAGCACGAGAACGACACGCUGCAGCGCGCGGACCCCCCAAAGACACACGUGACCCACCACCCCGUCUCUGACCAUGAGGCCAUCCUGAGGUGCUGGGCCCUGGGCUUCUACCCUGCGGAGAUCACACUGACCUGGCAGCGGGAUGGGGAGGACCAGACCCAGGACACGGAGCUUGUGGAGACCAGGCCUGCAGGGGAUGGAACCUUCCAGAAGUGGGCGGCUGUGGUGGUGCCUUCUGGAGAGGAGCAGAGAUACACGUGCCAUGUGCAGCACGAGGGGCUGCCAGAUCCCCUCACCCUGAGAUGGGAGCCGCCUUCCCAGCCCAGCGUCCCCAUGGUGGGCAUCGUUGCUGGCCUGGUUCUCCUUGGAGCUGUGCUCACUGGAGCUGUGGUCGCCACUGUGAUGUGGAGGAAGAAGAGCUCAGGUGGAAAAGGAGGGAGCUACACUCAGGCUGCCUGUAAGUAUGGGGGACUUAUCCCUGAGACCUUUGGGAUAGUGUAGACAGGAGCCCAUGG